AUGACUAACAAUCUGAGCGUUCGGGAAGUGACGAUGGACUCGGGAGAUCCGUCUUCAAGCAGAGAUGAGGGGGGAAUUGUCCAGCAGGAGGCUACGCAGCAUGAGGAGGAGAUGACACCGCGACGGCCUCGGAUGCCCCAUCAAUCCCCACCGCUACAGGAGGAGCCAGCAGAGCCCGCCCUUGAAACCGAUGUUGUUGAGGAUGUGCAAGCCCGAGGUGUUGAGAAGCCCGGGACGGAAGACCAACACCAUGAGGAUCUAGAUGGAUUGAGACGGAUGAUGAUAGAAAUGCAGUGCAGGCUAGAUGCGCAGCAGAAGAGUAUGGAGGCUCUUUCUCUGGCAAUAGAGGUGAGGGUCGCUGAGGAUAUGUACGGGUAG